AUGUUAUAUUCUGUUACCUUUAUUUCAGAUAAUUGCUGCAAAUGUGGUGAAAGUAUAAGUAAUGAUCGACCUGGAUGUACUGCAUUGAAUCAAGCGUACCACGUGACAUGCUUCACUUGUGUACAAUGUAAUAAGCAGUUAGCUGGCGGCUCGUUUUAUAACGUAGAUGGCACACCGCUGUGUAAAGAGGAUUAUACUAAAACGCUAGAACGAUGUAGCAGCUGCGGUGAACCCAUCACGGAUAAGUUAUUGCGCGCCUCAGGUGGAGCUUAUCAUCCAGCUUGCUUUGUGUGUACUGCUUGCAAAAAAUGCUUGGAUGGAGUUCCGUUCACGGUUGACGCUAGUAAUAACGUGCACUGCGUUUCCUGUUUUCACGAGAAGUUUGCUCCUCGUUGUGCAGUUUGCUCGAAACCAAUCGUUCCUGAAGAAGGCGAAAAAGAAUCAGUUCGAGUUGUUGCAAUGGACAAAAGUUUUCAUGUCAAUUGUUAUCGAUGUGAGGACUGCAAUUUGCAACUAAGUUCUAAAAUCGAGGGUCAGGGGUCAGUUGUUUUAUAA